AAUAUUGUGUAUUUAAGUAGUUUAUCGCGAAAUAAUAUAAAUCCAGUAAUAAUUAAGCAGAAAAAAACAAAUCUGUUCGCUGAAUUUUGUAUUAUCUAAAGCAUUAAAAUGUAUAUAACAGUUACAUUAAACAUAGACACAAAAGGCUGGAGUAACUCAGCGGGACAAGCAGCAUCUCUGGAGAGAAGGAAUGGGUGACAUUUCGGGUUUCGUGACUAGGGAAAGGAAACGAUUAACUUAUACUGCCCAUAAAGUUACAGGGACCACUGCAGAAUUGUGUAGAAAUCAUAACCCUGUAUUUAUUCUACGUGUAUCCUUUUAAACUAAUCUCAUCCGCGCAAAUCAUCGAAUGUCGCGCGACAACUACAUUGAUAAAACGCUGAAGGUUUCAAAUGUAGGGAGGGCUUCUCCACCUCUCUGUUGUUUCUUGAUGUGGGGAUGUUUGUGUGAGUUCCAUGUUCCUGUUUCCGCAGUUGGAGCGGUUCCCUUCACUGACAUGCUUCCUUACAAUUGCAGUUAAAACUCAACCGGCAAGUCGAAAGGAGUUCGAGCGUCAGCAGAUCCCGAUUCCCAUGAUCAAAGGGAGACUCCUCGGCCUGAUGUCUUCUGUAGUGGCCCCAGCCCAAGAGUUCAACAAGAUGGAGACCAAGAAGGUGGAGCUGAUUUUGGUAAAGGAACAGAAUGGCGUGCAGUUUACCAACUCGGCGCUUGUCCCGUCGACUGGGGAAAGGGAGGACGAGAACCAAACUCGUGAGACCUGGGCUAAGAAGAUCGAUUUUCUCCUUUCAGUUGUCGGCUUUGCGGUGGACUUAGCCAAUGUCUGGAGAUUCCCAUAUCUCUGUUAUCGCAACGGCGGAGGGGCUUUUCUCGUUCCUUAUUUAUUCUUCAUGCUCAUCGCUGGAAUGCCACUGUUUUAUAUGGAAUUAGCGCUGGGCCAAUUCAAUCGACAAGGCGCUGCGGGGGUUUGGAAGAUCUGCCCCAUAUUUAAAGGAGUUGGCUUCACAGUGAUCUUGAUUGCAUUGUAUGUCGGUUUCUAUUACAAUGUCAUCAUCGCCUGGGCUCUCUAUUACCUUUUCUCAUCCUUUACAAUGGAACUCCCCUGGAUCCACUGCAACAACAAGUGGAACAGCCCUAAUUGUUCCGAAAUCACCAACUUUACCCAGCAAAACUCAUCCACAAAAUAUUAUGAGUACAAAAACAAUCCCGCAGCUGAAUAUUACGAACGGAGUAUGCUUCACCUUCAUGAAAGUGCGGGGAUCCAUGAUAUUGGCAAACCCAGGUGGCAGCUCACUUGUUGCUUAUUUGUGGUCAUUGUCAUCCUCUACUUCAGCCUCUGGAAGGGAGUUCGAACAUCAGGCAAGGUUGUCUGGAUUACGGCCACAAUGCCUUACAUUGUUCUCACAAUUCUGCUGCUUCGUGGAAUCACUCUCCCUGGAGCGAUAGAUGGAAUCAAAGCAUAUCUAAGUGUUGACUUCUUACGGCUUCGUAAGGCCUCGGUUUGGAUAGAUGCAGCCACACAGAUAUGUUUCUCUCUUGGAGUGGGUUUUGGUGUACUAAUAGCAUUUGCCAGCUAUAACAAAUUUAAUAACAAUUGCUACAGGGAUGCCAUCAUUACCAGUUCUGUCAAUUCUGUGACGAGCUUCUUCUCGGGCUUUGUUGUCUUCUCGUUCCUGGGCUACAUAUCAAAACAACGCGGAGUGCCUCUGGAGGAUGUGGCCACCGGAGAGGCUGGUUUGGUCUUCAUCAUUUACCCAGAAGCAAUUGCCACUCUUCCUGGUUCAUCAGUAUGGUCAGUCAUCUUCUUCAUCAUGCUUCUGACACUCGGACUGGACAGUGCAAUGGGCGGCAUGGAAUCAGUCAUCACAGGAGUGAUUGAUGAAUUCAAGUUCCUGCGGAACCACAGAGAGAUCUUCACACUUUUCAUCAUUACAAUUACUUUUCUGGUGUCUCUCUUCUGCGUUACUAAUGGUGGUAUCUACGUGUUCACCUUGCUUGACAAGUUUGCAGCAGAGACGUCCAUUUUAUUUGGAGUGCUAAUAGAAACCAUCGGAGUCUCCUGGUUUUAUGGAGUUGAUCGCUUCAGCAAUGACAUUGAAAAGAUGAUUGGUACAAGACCUGGCUUGUACUGGAGGCUGUGCUGGAAAUUUGUCAGCCCCUGUUUCCUUCUGACCGUUGUGGUCAUCAGUAUUUCAACAUUUAAUCCACCAGAAUAUGACAAUUACAUCUUCCCAGACUGGGCCAAUGUAAUUGGAUGGUGUAUAGCUACAUCUUCCAUGGCACUCGUGCCCAUCUAUGCCGUGUACAAGUACGCCAGUCUGCCUGGGUCUCUGCGUAAGAAGUUAGCUUUUGCAAUCACAUCCGAGAAGGACUAUCACCUGCUGGAAGAUGGAGAGGCCCGUCAGUUUACGCUGCGUCACUGGCUCAUCGUCUGA